CCUUAAAUUAACUACUAAAUAAGCCAAAUUUAUAUAUUUUUUAGGUAGAACUAAAGAGACGGCUUAUGAGUUGAAAACUGGCACUGACUAAUGGGUAGAUAUUGUAUUUAUGAGGUUUUGCCAUCCUAGUAAGGCUUCUUUUGCCCUCUUAUCACUAAGAUGUUGUGUUGAUACGUAUCUAACACAUUCGUGCGUUCAAUGUGAUUUUCUAGGAGGAAUUUAUUUUUAAGUACUGCUUUCACUAAGAAGAGAUCUGCCGGUAGCUGCUCAGUCGGGGGGUGAUGCUGCGGCAGCACUCGGCGGUCGGUGAUGAGGUUGAAGAGGGACGCUGUUUCAGCGCUGUCUGUGUGGCACUCGGAUUUUUUGAGGAAGUCAGGAAACUGACGGAGAUGGGCGACAAUGUGCACGGCUGUGCUUCGUAGCUUUCCCCCCCGGUAUGAGCUGUGUUACAUGGGAUCUCCUUCGAGUCAGCAUUCGUGGAGAUGGAUCGUCGUUUGUGUACGGAAACAACGGACUCGACGCUAGCUCGCUAGCUCGGCUCCCUAAUGCUUUCCUCUGGUGGAAAACGAUACUGUGGAGUUCAUACUUCCGAGUAUUCUCGCUUCGGGUUGUCUUUUAUUACUGGUAACCAGAUAAACGGUUAACUUUACUAGUUCAUCGUCUAGCUGCAUUAGUUAGCUGACUUUGGCUUCUAGCUAACGCCAUCCCAAACUAGUUAAGCUAAUUAAGGUAACGGUUAAAAAACCACCAGAGUAACGUUACACAAUUUUUAUGACAACGACAUUUCUGAGUUUUUCUUCCCUUUUUGUUAUCUUAAAAUUUUGACUCGCAAUGACUGUUAAUCAUGCGAAAAUAUCUGUAUGCAUUUCAUCUUUCAGAUGAACAAAGUGCUUCAUUCCGGUAGCUUUACAGUUUGGUCAUCUUCCGUUGUGACGUUGGAUUAAAAACGACAUUUCUUGCAUUUGUCAAACAAAAAAAACAUUUAAAAAGUGCUGUAACAUGUAACGUUUAGAUUUAAUCAUUCGUUAUAGGCUGAGUAGAAACUUCACUACCUCGCUGAAAGGGACUGGGAACAGACUUUAAUUUUAAGCCAGUUUUCUGUCAUUUUCUUUACUCAUUUCGGUUCAGAUUUAUCAAAGACGUGUUAACAUAUGGCAGGAGUGUUGGCACUAUCAGUGCUCUAGUUUUUUGUUGUUGGGAUUUUUUUUAAAAAUUUUUCCCAGCACAGCCACAAUAAGUGUAGCUCAUAACUGCCAGGGAUGCGUCUCUCCUCAUUUUUGGCCCUGUUCAGGCCUGCUUUACCCCUUAUCCUGGGGCUGUCUCUUGGAUGCAGUCUGAGCCUUUUGAUGGUGUCCUGGACCCAAGGAGACACGGAGGACUCCUGUGGAGAUGAGCUGGGCAAUGGCAGGCGGUUUUUGGGUGGGGGAGAGGGCCACAGAGAUUCAAGAGAUGGAGCUGGAGACGCAGACUUUCAGCCACGCAUAGUGCCCUAUCACAAGGACCCAAACAAGCCGCACAAGAAGGUCCUCAGAACACGAUACAUCCACACUGAACUGGGCAUCAGAGAGCGACUCCUGGUGGGCGUGCUCACUUCUCGGGCCACCCUCAACACGCUGGCCGUAGCGGUGAACCGCACAGUUGCCCACCACUUCCACCGGACCUUCUUCUUCACAGGCCUGCGCAGCCCCAAGGUGCCUCACGGGAUGACUGUGGUUGCCCAUGGCGACGAUCGCCCGGUGUGGCUGAUGUAUGAGACGGUACGCCACCUCCACCAGCACUACGGCUCGGAAUACGACUGGUUCCUAUUAGCCCAGGAUGACACGUACAUGCAGGCGGAUCGGCUGUCGGAGCUGGUGGGCCACCUCAGCGCAGGUCAGGACCUGUAUAUGGGCAGGGCAGAGGAGUUCAUCGGUGGUGAGGAGAAGGCACGUUACUGCCACGGAGGCUAUGGCUACCUGCUGUCCCGCAGUCUGCUGGCCCGUCUGCAGCCCCAUCUCGACACCUGCCGCAAUGACAUCCUCAGCGUGAGGCCUGAUGAGUGGCUGGGCCGCUGUAUUAUCGACUACCUGGGUAUGAGUUGUGUGGAAGUGCACCAGGAGAUGACCUACCGUUAUUUUGAGCUUGGGAAAAAUGCAGACCCAGAGCGUGAAGAUAGCCCAGAGUUUAAAAAUGCCUUCACAGUGCAUCCUGUGUCUGACCCAAAUCUCAUGUAUCGACUGCACAAACGCUUCAGCCACAUUGAGCUAGAAUGGACUUACCUGCAGAUCCAGCAGCUGCAGAUGCAGAUCAGUAACCUGAGUGACCUGACACCAGAGGGCAAGGCUGGAGUGACGUGGCCGAUAGGAAUCAACCCUCCCUUCAAACCCAGGACGCGUUUUGAGGUCAUAAACUGGGAGUACUUUACGGAAGAGCACAUUUACUCCUGCGUCGAUGGCUCCCCCAAAUGUGAGUUGAGAGGUGUCAACCGCGCAGACGUCAAUGCAAUUCUAGAGAUUGCGGUCGAGCGUCUCAACGAGCGCUACCAGCCACAGCUACGGUUCCGCAAGAGGCGUCUGCUUAAUGGGUACCGUCGCUUUGAUCCCACACGUGGUAUGGAGUAUAUACUGGACCUCGCGCUGGAGGCCUACACCCAGAAAGGCCACAGCCAGGUCAUUGCCAAACGAGUCAACCUGCUGCGACCUCUAAGUUCAGUUGAGAUUAUUCCCAUGCCUUAUGUGACAGAAGCGACACGGGUGCAGGUCAUCCUGCCUGUCACCGCCCAGGAUCAGGACUAUGUUGGGAACUUCCUGGACAUGUACGUGAUGAACACUCUGGACACCCAUGACAAUGUUUUACUCACGUUCUUGUUCAUCUACGAUCCUUUCGAUGCGCAGAGAGUCAGUCAGACUGACGUGUUUGCUGGCGUCAAGGCUAUGAUUGGGGAAGUGGAGAAACGCUACGGAGACGUGAAGAUCCCCUGGAUCAGUGUGAAGACCGAGGUGCCCUCGCAGGUCAAGCUAAUGGACAUCAUCUCCAAGAAGCACCCGGUGGACACACUAUUUUUCCUGGCCAGUGUUUGGACAGAGGUCAACGCUGACUUCCUGAACCGCUGCAGAAUGAAUUCCAUCAGCAAUUGGCAAGUCUUCUUCCCCAUCCACUUCCAGGAGUACAACCCAGCCGUCCUCUACCGUGACCAGCAGCCCUCCGCUGCCUCCUCCUCCGCUGCUUCGGAGUCACUGCGAGACGGCCACUUUGACCGGCACGUCUUCGACGAGGCCUGCUUUUACAACGCCGACUACAUGACCGCACGGACGAAGAUGGCUGCCGACAUCCUGGAUAACGAGGAGCUCCUGGAAAGCAUGGACGUGUACGACAUCUUUGUCCGUUACUCGGGCCUGCAUGUGUUCAGAGCAGUAGAGCCGGCGCUGAUUCAGAAAUACGUGCGGCGGACGUGCAAUCCCCGCUUCAGCGAGGACAUCUACCACCGCUGUGUUCUCAGCAACCUGGAGGGUCUGGGGUCACGCUCGCAUCUAGCCAUGGCUCUGUUUGAGCAAGAGCAGGCCAACAGCACAUAGAGCACAUAGAGCUUGGACUGAAGGACACUGAAUGUGAUUUUUGUUUCCUUUCUUUCUUUCUUUUUUUAAACGUGGUACUUCUUGCAUCCACACACUGAAAUUCUCACCCCUGAACAAGGUGGAAAGAAGUCAGGACUGUUUUUGACACUCCAGCAGCUGCAAAUAAACCCUCUGACUUAUGACUGUGUAACUUUAAACCUGUCUUGUCCAGACCUGUUGAACCAUUACUGAUGUUAACGUCACUUUGAGAAGCCGUUACUUGUAUUCCGGUCGAACAACAAUAUUUAUAGCCCCCCCUUUUUUUUCUUUUGUUUUUUUUAAAGACAAUAAUAAAUUAACACAAGCCUUUAUUGUUAGAAAUGAAUAAGAGGGGGAAAAAACUUGAGCCAUAAGUCUUCCUUUUGUGAGGAUUUUUUAAGUAAUACUGAAACAAGCUGCCUUUUCUUUAAACUUUGUGCUCUUUAAGAGGUAUUAAAGAGUGAUACUUCUGCUCAGA